ACUGACAUUCAAAAUGGCGACUUCCUAUGUGCCACUUGUGUUUUGUCUCUGUGUUGUUAGCGCUGUUGUGAAUGGACAGGGUGUGCCGUACACAGAGAAGUACUAUACCCAAACUGUGGACCACUUCAACUACCUCAGCUACGGCAAUCAGACCUUCCAGCAGCGAUAUCUCAUUCAGGAUAAAUGGUGGAAUCGCGGUGUGGGACCCAUCUUCUUCUACACGGGCAAUGAAGGAGCCAUUACUGAUUUCUGGGAUGCAACCGGAUUCGUCACUGACAUCGCACCACAGUUUGGGGCCCUUGUAGUCUUUGCUGAACAUAGAUUCUAUGGCAAGUCCCUCCCGUUUGGCGCUGACAGUUUCAAGUCUCCCCAGAUCGGGCUCCUGACGAUGGAACAAGCCCUUGCCGACUACGCUGUCUUCCUCACAGACCUCAAGCAACAACUCAAUGCUACAAAGUGCCGUGUCAUCUCCUUUGGUGGAAGUUAUGGCGGAAUGCUGACUGCAUACAUGAGGUUCAAGUAUCCAAACAUCAUCGAUGGUGGCAUCGCAGCCAGUGCCCCGAUCUACAUGCUGGAUGCCUCCUAUCCCAGAGAUUUUUUCUUCCCCAUUGUGUCAAAUGAUUUCAACCAGGCCAUGCCAGGCUGUGAGGACAAUGUGAAGAAGGCCUUCAGUCAGCUCAACGACAUGGCCGCCCAAGGCCAGUCAGGCCUGAGUGAGAUCUCUCGCAUGUUCAACCUGUGCAAGCCUCUGGCAGACACCAAGGCGUUCCAGCAUCUCCUGGGGUGGGUGAGGAACGCCUUCACCUUCAUGGCUAUGCUGGACUACCCUUACAAGGCAUCAUUCGAGGCUCAGCUCCCAGCCAAUCCUGUCAAGGCAGGCUGUGUGGCUAUCAACUCUGCCAGCAGCGUGGUGACAGGGCUGGCUGAAGCAGCAGGCAUCUUCUACAACGGCACAGCAGGUACACUUAAGUGUUACGACAUUGACGCAGAGUUUAUCGAGUGUGCUGACCCUACAGGCUGUGGCACUGGCAACAAUGCUCUAGCAUGGGACUACCAGGCUUGUACAGAGAUCAAGCUCCCCGCUGGCAGCAACAACAUGACGGACAUGUUUCCAGUGCUGCCCUUCACCACUGACAUGAGGAACCAGUACUGCCAGAAAACAUGGGGUGUCACGCCACGAGAUCAGUGGUCCUUUGUACAGUUCUUCGGCCAAAAUAUCAAGAGUACCAGUAACCUUGUCUUCUCCAACGGUAACCUUGACCCAUGGAGCGGAGCUGGGGUAACGAAGGAUGUGUCCAGUACAGUGAGAGCAGUGUGGGUGCAGGGUGGAGCUCACCAUCUUGACCUCAGGCACUGGAACCCAUCUGACCCUAUUGGUGUAUGGAAGGCCCGGGAAUUCGAGAAGUCCAACAUCAGACAGUGGGUAAAUGCUCCCUAGGCCCAUCAACAACAACAGCACUGACAUGGACGUCAACAUAACCGCUGUACAGCUGUACAUUAAUAAUGACUUAAUUUUUUACCAUUCUUUAUCUAUUUGAAAUAAAGAUCCAAAAAAAUCUUAGUGUCUAUGUUUGUCUAGAUGUAUGUUUUUUAUUGAAAAACCAGGUACCUACUGUCAUAUUGUUAUAUUAUCUAUAAAACAUAAUGAGUAAAACAUAUCAGUGCAAGAUGUGUAUAUUCGCUUGUCUAUUGUUGCUUCAUCUUUAGUAAUCUGAAAAUCUCUAUUCUCUUAUUUAAACAUGCAAGAAAUAUUGACUUGUGUGUUGUGUGAUGACUGUUAGUCUUGUGUAUCAUCAUGGAACACAUUCCUAUCAAGGACUCUAGAAGUCAUCUGGUUAUUCCAGCACUAUGUUUUGUGUGUGUGGGUGUUUUUUUUAAAAAGGACACCAUUCGUCCAUCCCUGCAAGAUGUCGUUUCCAGAGCAGAUCUUGAAAACAAAAUAUUUCUUCACCAAAUUUGGUACGUAGAUAGGUCUAGUGAUGGACUGGUGCCUUUUGAUAGUUUGGGAGUUAUAAAAAGAUAUUAUUCGAGUUUUUGACAACAACAAGUUUUAUUUAUUUAUUCCCAAGUACCGGUAUUUGCGGAGGAUAUUGAAGAUUUUGUCCUCUUGCUUUUCUUCCAAAUUCAUGUUUAAAAGUAUUUUUUUUAUCUGGGUGCUAUUGUACAAAACUAUGUUAGAGCUGUAAUUAUCCUUAUGUUAAGGUAUGGGAGUCACCCUAGUGCUAAGAACGAUUUCUACAACGGCACCCUGGACAUCAGGUUGUUAACCUUGCAGCUUCUGAUUAUUAUCUAAGUUUUUUUUAAAGAAGGAUGCCACUUUUAUAGUCUGAUCAUGAAUUGGUAUUGUCUUAAAAUAACGUGAUCAUAUGAGGUCUACACUUUAUUGUUUAAAGCAAUUGUUAGAGAAAAUCUUUGUUUUUUUCCUGAAAUAGUGUAUUGUCAUAUGCAUCUUAUCAUGACAAGGGGGGCAUGGGUGGCCCAGUUGUCUAAGGCACUGCAAUUUGUUGUGCACAGUUGCGUACCUUGGGCAUGCCAGAAACCUAUGAUUAUGGGUUUGAAUCCCGGUUCGCCCCAAUUAUGUUUCUAGGUUUGUCAGCACCAUACCCGUGCUUGUGGGUUUCACCAAAGGGGUAAACAUCUGAGACAUGCAUUACUUCAGGCUUUCCUCCCACAUUAAGCUGACACUCUGUGAUAUAACUGGAAUACUGUUAAAAGCGACGUUAAACCCAACUCACUCACUCACUCACUAUCAUCACAAUAGAAUCAGAAAAAAAAAAUCGCAUGAAGACUGUAUAAUGUCCACCUCUCCUUGUUCCUAUCUUUGAGAGGAUUCUUGUCUUGAGUCAUUGGACAUAGAAAGUAAAGAGUUUGAAUCCCAGAUUUGCUGUGAUUAUGUUUUGAGGUAUGUCAGCACCAUUCCAUGCUUGUGAAUUUUUGCCCAAGUAGUAAAUGUCAAAGAUCUACAUCACUUCGGGCUUGCUGACUUGGUUGAUGCAUGUCAUCGAUCCCAAUUGCGUGGAUCGAUGCUCAUGAUGUCAAUCACUGGAUUGUCUGGUCCAGACUUGAUUAUUUACAGACCACUGUCAUACAGCUUGAAUAUUGCUGAGUGCGGCGUUAAACAACAAACCAACCAACCACUUCAGGAUUUCCUCCCACAUCAAGCUGAAAUGUUGUCAUACUGUUCAAAGCAGGGUUAAUCACAACACAGUCACAAAGUAACUCAUAUGAUGUAUAUCAAUGCAGCAGUUAAUGGCCACACUUAUUACACAGAGUUAUUUACAAUGGCUCGACCAGGAUGGACAUGUGCUUCAGAAGGUGGGGAUAUAUACCUUAUCAUCUUGAACACAUUGUCACUGAUGUAGGUAGGUUACAUGGAGAAACAUUCCUUUUUGAUACAUUGUUUGUACUGGCUCAGUUUUACUGGUAUUAUGUAAAUAAUAAAGUUAUGUUUACUGAU